GGGGGCGCAAGUGCGCAGGCGCAGCUGGACCGUGAACAACCAGAGAAGGAGGCCGUUAGCCACAGUUAGCUCACCGGCGGCUAACGAGCAAGCUACCACAGCAAAUCGGUCAAAUGUCCCCCGGUCCGACAGGCGAUGGCGAGGGAACGGGUUUCACAAACCGAGGCUGAACUGUAUUACCUCAUCGCCAGAUUUCUCCAAUCUGGACCAUGCUUAAAGGCAGCACAGGUUCUGGUGCAGGAGCUGGAGGAGUUUGAGCUGGUCCCGCAGAGAUGGAGCUGGGACGGAGAGAAAAGCAAACGGACCUUCCAAGAAUGGAUGAUUUUGAACCAGCACAUUCCUGCAGACUAUCUGCUCCGGGUUUGUCAGCGGAUAGGUCCGUUGAUAGAGAAGGAGAUCCCACCUAGUGUUCCUGGAGCCCCGACUCUUCUGGGGCUGGGAAGACAGUCUUUGCUUCGCACCACCAAAAGUUGCAGCCACAAAGUAUGUUGUGGCUCAGCUGUUGCUGCACUCCACAGAGGACGUCCACCAGAACCUCCAGCCACCAAUGGAAAUGUUCCUAAUGUUGUGUCCAUCAUGGGCGCUCGCCAGGCCACAGGUACCGCUCGUUUUGGCCAGGCCAUGCCAUCUUCCUCCUACCAGCACCUGAAGAUACACAAGCGUAUCCUUGGCCACCUUUCCUCAGUCUACUGUGUGGCCUUUGACCGCACUGGUCGGCGCAUAUUUACAGGUUCUGAUGACUGCCUUGUGAAAAUCUGGGCCACCGACGAUGGCCGGCUCCUGGCAACCCUCCGUGGCCACUCAGCAGAGAUCUGUGACAUGGCUGUGAACCAUGAGAACAGUCUCAUCGCCUCAGCCAGCUGUGACAAAAUCAUCAGAGUGUGGUGCCUUCGGACCUGUGCCCCCAUCGCUAUCUUGCAGGCCCAUGCUGCCUCCAUCACAUCCAUACAGUUUUGUCCUGCAGCCAGGGGGACGGUGCGAUACCUUGCCUCAACAGGUGCAGAUGGCAUGGUGUGUUUCUGGAAAUGGCACUCACUCAGCUUGAAAUUUAAUGAUCAACCAGUCAAGUUUGUUGAGCGGUCACGGCCAGGAGUCCAAGUCUCGACUUCCUCCUUCAGUAGUGGUGGCAUAUUUAUGGUCACUGGUGGCACAGAUCACAUGAUAAGGGUCUACUACCUUGGUGCUGAAACUCCAAUGAAGGUCGCUGAGAUGGAUUCUCACACGGAUAAAGUCGUGGUGGUCCAGUUUAGCAACAACAGUGAAGGUCUGAGGUUUGUGAGCGGCAGUCGUGACGGCACCGCCAGGAUCUGGCACUACCAGCAACAAGAGUGGAAGAGCAUCACUCUCGACAUGGCGGCAAAACUACCUGGGAGUACUGUUGCCAAUGGCGACGAUAAGGCCAAGUUGAUAGUGACCAUGGUGGCCUGGGAUCGCAGAGAUAGAACCGUCAUCACAGCAGUGUCGAACUACCUGCUCAAAGUGUGGAGCUCAACAUCUGGACAGCUGCUGCAUGUUUUGUCUGGACACGAUGAUGAGGUGUUUGUGUUGGAAGCCCACCCCUUUGACCCGCGCAUUAUGUUAUCUGCCGGCCACGACGGCAACAUCUACAUCUGGGACCUAACCAAAGGAGUCAAGAUCCGCAACUUCUUCAACAUGAUUGAGGGCCAGGGUCACGGUGCUAUUUAUGACUGCAAGUUUUCAGUGGAUGGGCUGCAUUUCGCCUGCACUGAUUCACAUGGUCAUUUGCUAAUUUCUGGUUUUGGCUGCAGCAGACCAUACGAGAAGAUUCCUGACCAGAUGUUCUUCCACACGGACUACCGGCCUCUCAUCCGGGACGCUAAUAACUACGUCCUGGAUGAGCAGACGCAGCAGGCUCCUCACCUCAUGCCUUCACCGUUUCUUGUGGAUGUUGAUGGGAAUCCUCAUCCUCCUCACUAUCAGCGGCUGGUGCCGGGAAGGGAGAACUGCAAGGAGGACCUGCUAGUACCUCAGCUGGGAUACAUGGCUAACAGUGAUGGCGAGUUGGUUGAGCAGGUACUUGGCCAGCAAACGUUGGAAAACGGUGAAAGCCUAUUGGACAAUCUCAUCAGACAGUUGCAGAAUGAGCAGGAUGGGCGUCACAAUGCAGAACCAGAAGCUGAAGGGGAAGCGGAUGCUGCAGAGGGCGAGGUGGUGCCGUCCUCUCCCCCUGCUGAAGCUCAACCCACUGAGCAGGUGGACAGGGUUUGGCAAAUGCAACAUAAUUCCCUCCGUAGUCAAGUGGCCACAGAGAGGGACCUGCUGGCUUGGAGUCGCAGAGUCGUGGUUAAUGAGCUCCCACGAGGGACCUUCAGAGUUUUAGAGGAUUGCAGACGAGCCAAAGGUGACAUGGAGUGUUCUCUUUACAACUCGGAGAGGAGGAAGAAACCAGUGAUGUGCACCCCCAAGAACGACCCUCUGGCGUCACGCCUGCGCUCCCUGCGGCCGACGAAGAAGAAGAAGCAGCAGCACCACACCUAUCAGACUCGCUCCGCUCAAGUCCGCCGUCCCGGAACGAGGUCUCGAAACCCAAGCACCCGACGUAACUCUGACAGCCAGGUGGACUCAGACAGUGGAGAUGCAGAAGAACAGGCGGAGCAAUCUGAAGCCUCGUCUGACGGUGAAACUCGGUGGCAGAGUGAAAGCAGCUCCAGUGACUCUUCCAGUGAAUACUCUGAUUGGACUGCUGAUGCCGGGAUCAACCUGCAGCCACCGAAGCGACCGACCAGGAGGCCCGUGCAACCUUCAGGUUACAGCAGCUCCGAGGAGGAAGAGGGGGGCGACGAGGCCAAGAAGGCAAAGAAGAAGGAAAAACAGAAGAAGAAAAAGCCCAAAGAGACCAAACAGAAACCCACGUCCUCUCUGGCUGGACUUAAUGCCGAGGAGUGGCUGCCGCCGUCAUGGAUAAUGGAAACCAUCCCACGCCGCUCUCCUUUUGUCCCACAAAUGGGAGAUGAACUCAUCUACUUCAAACAGGGCCACCAGGCCUACGUGCGGGCCGUUCGCCGGGCCAAGGCCUACACCGUCAACCCUCAGAAGCAGCCGUGGAACAGACUCAAUCUCAGGGACCAGGAAUCUGUGAAGGUGGUUGGAAUUAAAUAUGAAGUGGGACCUCCCACCGUCUGCUGCCUCAAGCUGGCUUUAUUAGACCCCGUCUCAAGGAAGAUGACCAAUGAGUCUUUCUCUUUAAAGUAUCAUGAUAUGCCCGAUGUAAUAGAUUUCCUUGUGCUGCAGCAGUUUUACAACGAAGCUAAAGAGCACAACUGGCAACCAGGUUCGAGGUUCCGCAGCAUCAUUGAUGACGCCUGGUGGUUCGGGUCUGUGGAGGACCAGGAGCCCCUGCAGUCGGAUUAUCCGGAUAGCCUGUUUCAGUGCUACGCAGUAAAAUGGGAUAACGGUGAGCGGGAGAGAAUGAGCCCGUGGGAUAUGGAACCUAUUCCAGAGGAAGCCGCCUUGCCAGAACAGGUCGGUGACGGUGUGGAGGUCUCGGAGGAGGAGUUUACAGCUCUGCUCUACGAGCCUCAGGAAGGAGAGUGGGGGGCUCACACGCGAGACGAAGACUGUGAGAGAGUCAUCUGUGGCAUCGACCAGCUCGUCACACUGGAUGUCGCCAAAGCCUUCACAUUACCGGUAAACCUGCAGGACUACCCUCUGUACUGCACUGUCGUGGCUUACCCCACCGACCUCAGCACGGUCCGCAAGCGGCUGGAGAAUCGCUUCUACAGGCGGAUCUCUGCAUUAAUGUGGGAGGUGCGUUACAUCGAACACAACGCCCGCACCUUCAACGAACCCCAAAGCCCAAUCGUAGCAGCAGCUAAGGUGGUCACCGACGUUCUCCUCCACUACAUCGGAGACCAGAGCUGCACUGACAUCCUGGACUUGUAUCACAAACUGAGGUCUGAGGUCAGCAGUGGAGAAGAGGCUGAGGUUGACUUAGAUGUGGAUUCAGACACUCCAGGGACAUCUACAGGGCAUCGGGGGGGCGACCCUAAUUCCAAGCAGCGAGGUGUGGUUUUGGAUGUGACGGCAUGGCGGAGCCAGUGCAAAGAGCUGCUGCGCCGGAUGGUGGUCUCCCAUGAUUCAGAACCGUUCAGACAGCCUGUGGAUCUCUUCGAGUACCCGGACUAUCGAGACAUUAUCGACACGCCCAUGGAUCUUUGCACGGUGUCGGAGACGCUGGUGGCAGGAAACUACGGGAGUCCCCUGGAGUUUGCCAAAGAUGUUCGCCUCAUUUUCAUCAACUCUAAAGCUUACACACCGAACAAGAAAUCACAGAUCUAUUUCAUGACCCUCAGCUUAUCAGCCUUCUUUGAAAAACAAAUAAUCUCCAUAAUCGCUGACUACAAGUCAGCCAUUCAGAAGGAGCGGCGGACGCGCCAGAGACUGAGUUCCAGGAACAGGUUGCACAACGGAGGCACCUCCCCGCCUCGUAGUCCAUCCCGCAGCCUUAAAAGGAGGCAGAAGUCAGGGAAAGUGUCUGAGACGAAUGAACUGCAGAUCUCAAGGAAGAGGCGCUCUCGGAGACCAUAUCAGGCUCAACAAAGCAGCAGUGUAGCAGAGGAAGAGGAGAGCCAGCCUUCCUCCCCAAGUUCAGGGACAAGUGUGGAGAGCAGAGGUCAAGGGCCGAAUCGGACGACCCGAAGCCGAGCGACUCCAGUGAAGAAGUCAGGGAAACGGCGUAACUUGCACCCGAGCAAAGACUCCAGACAGAGGAACGAGCAGGAAACGCUCCGGUCCGGAGACGGCGAGGGAACAUCCAAAUCCAGCAGCUCCUCGUCCGAGUCAUCCUCAUCAUCUUCAUCAUCCUCAUCUUCGUCAUCAUCAUCAUCCUCUUCCUCCUCAUCAUCCGACAGUGACAACAGCUCGGAUUCCGAGGUGGAGAAGUACGCGGAGGGAGGCGAUCACGACUACAGCAAAGCCCCCCGCCUGCCGCUGCGCCUCUCGUUGAAGGGCAAGAUGGCGGCGGCCUCAGGGAAAAGGAGACACCAAGGAGAGGAGGAGGAGGAGGCGGCGGCGCAGGCGCCCAAACGAGCACGAAUACAGCUGCCGGUGAAGAAGGAUGAGGAGGAGGAGGAGGAGGAGAAGGAAGAGGAGGAAGAUGCAGAGGAGGAGAAGGAAGAAGAUGAAGAUGCAGAGGAGGAGGAGAAGGAGGAGGAUGAAGAUGCAGAGGAGGAGAAGGAGGAUGACGAUGAGGAGGAGGAGGAGGAGGAGGAGGAAGAAGAGGAGGAGGAGGAAGAGGUGGAACUUCAGCAACAGGUGGAUGUAAGACACAUGGAGGAAGAUGGAGAAGAUGAAGAGGAGCCUGAUGAGGAAGAAGAGCCUGAAGAAGAAGAGGAGGAGGAGGAAGAGGAAGAGGAGGAGAUGCAGAGAGGGGCAGUAGCAGCAAGGAGGAAGCUGAGGAGAUCCCGGUGUAAAUCCGGGCGGGUGAACACGCGCAACCAGGGCCGCAGGACAGUUGUGUACAGGGAUGAAUCGGAGGACGACGGUCAGGGCUCCAAGGACCCGCUCAACCUGGGCAUGUCCCGCUCAGGACGGGUGCGCCGCAUGACGGAGAAGGCCCGCGUCAGCCACCUCAUGGGCUGGAGCCACUGACGCGUCGCCCCGUCUCAAACUCCAAUAAAACAGAGAACGAAAAACUCUUUCAUGAGUAACACAUCAGGGAUUUUCUUCUUUCUUUUUGUACAAGGGUUUGUAAAUAAUAUAUAUAGAUAUAAAUGGGUUUCAUUUUCUUUGAGACUGCUUCUGAAAUCUCAAAAAAACACAAAAAUAAUAAUCAUAAUAAUAGCUGGUGCUCAAACUGUCGCUGGGGGUUUUCCUCCCCGGCUGACGGCGCUACUCCUCUCCAACUGGACUAACUCACCCUGGCCUUACUGCUCGCUCGAGGGGCGAUUCUGACCCGGCACAGCUCUCCUCAUCCUCCUCAUCCUUCGCGCCUCACCUCCAGUCCUAAAACACUACAUCCACUCUCCUUCCCUCCCAAGACUUCACGUACAGGUCACCAAAGAAGGAUGCCAAAAACAAUGGUGCUCACAUUUCCGUCUCCUUGAACUUUGUCGAUAAGUCCGAUUCUCAGCUGCCGCUCAUUCAGUCACGCCCGUCGUGGGACUAGUGCGUCACCGUCAGCUUUUGGGGUACCUGCUCUUGCCUCAUAACAGCAAGCCUUAGUUUUCAGAGCUCACUUUAUUACAUUUUUUACAGAAUCGUAUCUGGAUUAGCAAUACUGGGAGGACGUCGGUCGAGUCCAAUACCACAAUCCCUCUUGAUGUCCUCACUCUGAAUGUUAAGUGUUUUUUUUACUGUUUUACUUUUUUAUGAUUGACUUCCUUUUUUUAUUUGUAUUUAUUUUAUUUUUUUUGGUUCAAAUCCUUUUUUUUUUGUUACUUUUUUGUUUUUUGGGUUUAAAAAAAGAAGCCGCUGUCUUUGGUGCGCUUGCAUCCGUUCAGCCCCUUCCUCGACUCCUCCACCCAGCACGUGCAAAAGCGAAAGGGUCCUUGCACAACGCUCCCGCAGAAAUAUAUUUAUUUUUCCAUUGAAUUUUUUUUCAUAGCUUAGUUUAAUGAUUUCAUAUGUUUGUAGUUCUGAGGAAAAAUGAGAUAUUUGCACAUUUAUCUACUCCAUGUGGCAGCUCAUUAAUAAUGAUAGUAGAGAUUGAAGAUGAAACCUCAUGAUUUUGUGUAAGACUUUAAACUGUGCCAGCACACUUUAAUUAACUUUUUUCUUUUUUUUUUGUUAAGUUUGAACGGUUCAAUAGUAAACAAUCAGACUUCUUUCAUCCAAUGUGUGGAUAAGAUCAAAGUCGUCUCUGAUUUUUACUGUUGAUCUUGCUUUCUGCUUAUCUAAUGGAAGAAGAUGUGCCAUUUUCUUCUCGUGGUUUAUAACAUCACUGGACUGGUGUGUUUCUAACGCUAGGUGCAUCAACCUCACUCAUGAAGUUCAAAUCACUGUUUUGUUUUGUUUUCCUUCGGCCAGUGGCCAGUUAUAUGAAAUGAGACUGUCAUUUGCCGUAGAUGCUGCAUCUUUCUAUUCUUUUUUUUUGUUUGUUUUUUUGUUCCUGUUUUUGCAUCGAUAAUGUUUACGUAAAAUCUUGUGCUGUUGUGCAAAAAUUGUGCUAAAUCAUCUGAGGCAGACCAGUCGAGAGAUGUGCAGAAAAGAUGACUCACAUUCUCAUCUCGGCACCCGCUGAAUCCAGGCGUGUGUGCGUGUGUGCGUGUAUGUGUUCAUUUGAACGAGAGAGUGGAUAUUUUACAGUUUGGUUUGUAUCAGGUUUUCAGAAAUAAAACACACAAACCGGCAGUAAA